AUGUCGCCACGUCUAGCAGGGAAGCUCCUGCAGCUUUCCUCCUCCGUGAGGGCACGGGAGCAAUCACUGCUCCCCCUCAUCCCCAUCCGAGAAUUCGGCAUCCGCUCCCUCAACGAGCCCAAACCAAACCGCUUCAACGUCGGCGCCAACCUGCCCGUCCUCGAAUCGAGCACGACCGCCGCCCUCCUCCGCAAAGCAAACUCCCUGCCCCUGCGAACCGGUGCAAUCGCCACAAAGAAGGGCAUGACCGCGAUCUUCGACCCGGAGUCCGGAAAGCGCACCGCCUGCACAGUCCUCCAGCUCGACCGGGUCGAGGUCGUCUCGCACAAGACUCGCCAGAAGCAUGGAUACUUCGCCGUCCAGGUUGGCGCGGGCUGGAAACACCCAUCCAACAUGACCAAAUCGCUGCUCGGACACUUUGCCGCCAAUGGCCUCUCGCCCAAGCGUCAUGUCCAUGAGUUUCGCGUCAAGAGUGAGGAGGGUCUUUUGCCGGUUGGAGAGAGCAUCUACGCCAAUUGGUUCCAGGAGGGCCAGUUCAUUGACACCAAGUCCAAUACGAAGGGUAAGGGCUUUGCUGGUGUUAUGAAGAGACACGGCUUUCAUGGUCAGGAUCGUUCUCACGGUGUGAGUUUGAAGCAUCGUUCCAUGGGUUCGUCGGGUCCUGGUCAAGGUGGUGGUUCUCGUGUCUACCCCGGCAAGAAGAUGGCCGGAAAUAUGGGAAAUACCCAGAAUACCGUGCAGAACUUGAGGAUCCUCAAGGUGGAUCGUGAUACUGGCGUUGUUGUCGUGAGCGGUCACGUUAGCGGUCCCAAGGGCUGCGUUGUCCGCAUCCAGGAUGCGGUUAAGAAGCCCUGGCCCGAGGUUGCCCCUGCUGCUGAGGCCGAAGCUGUGACGGUCUAG